UGCAGUGGACAGUGUUUUUCAGUGACAACAUGUUUGUGGCCUGUCUUCAGUUUACACACAGUUGUUCUGAGACGCAGAGAUAGCUAAUUAGCACAGGUACCUUAACAAGCGUUGUAAAAUGGAAAUAUGCUCAUGUGGUACCCUAACUUUUUAAAGAUCACUUUCUACGAGGAUAAAAACUUCCAGGGUCGCUCCUAUGAGUGCGACACGGACUGCCCCGAUGUGCACCCCCAUUUCAGCCGCUGCAACUCCAUCAAGGUAGAUAGCGGCUGCUGGGUGCUGUACGAGAGGCCCAACUACGCAGGCUACCAGUAUGUACUGACCAGGGGAGAGUUCCCAGAGUAUCAGCGCUGGAUGGGCUACAGCGACACCGUUCGCUCCUGCCGUACCUUUUCUUAUGUGAGUAGCCGGGAGGCCAGCGGCAGUCCCUACCGCAUGAGAAUCUACGAGAGGCCAGACUUCCAGGGACAGAUGAUGGAGUUCGGCGAGGACUGUGACUCCGUCCAGGACCGUUUCCGUAGCCGUGACAUCUACUCCGCCAACGUCAUGGAUGGCUACUGGACCCUCUACGAGCAUCCCAACUACAGGGGGCGCCAGUACUUUAUGAGGCCUGGCGAGUACAGGAAGUUCAGCGAAUGGGGAGCCACCUGUGCCACCACCGGCUCCUUCCGUAGGAUCACCGACUUUUAGGCCCAACGUCCUCUGCACUCUGACCAGUCAAUAAAACAAUUGUUUAAAUAAGCUUGCUGUUGAUAUUUCCAUUUCACUGUUUCUGAUUAAGUGAUUGAUAUUAAUUGAUGACGGCAGGGUAGCCUAGUGGUUAGAGCGUAACCGGAAGGUUGCAAGUUCAAACCCCCGAGCUGACAAGGUACAAAUCUGUCGUUCUGCCCCUGAACAGGCAGUUAACCCACUGUUCCUAGGCCGUCAUUGAAAAUAAGAAUUUGUUCUUAACUGACUUGCCUGGUUAAAUAAAGGUAAAAUAAAAAAUAAAAAUAAAUAAAAAUGUAUGAAA